CUACGAAAGGCCUACCCACCCAGCCCCGCUGAUGCUAAUGCCCGCAGCCUUGGCUCCCUGGCGGGGAAGCCUCUGGAACUGCACAGGGCUGAGCACAAUGGAGCAUAUGGAAGGGAGGCAGAAGGGGAGGACAGAGGCGACUGCUGGCUAUUAGCUGCCAUUGCGUCCCUGACGCUGAAUGAGAAAGCUCUGGCUAGAGUCAUCCCCCAGGACCAAAGCUUUGGGGCCGGUUAUGCUGGAAUAUUCCACUUCCAGUUCUGGCAGCACAGCGAGUGGUUGGAUGUGGUCAUCGAUGACCGGCUGCCCACCUUCAAGGACCGCUUGAUCUUCCUCCACUCCGCUGACCACAGCGAGUUCUGGAGCGCCUUGCUGGAAAAAGCCUACGCCAAGCUGAACGGCAGCUAUGAGGCUCUGAAGGGGGGCAGCACCAUCGAGGCCAUGGAAGACUUCACCGGGGGUGUAGCAGAGACCUUUGCAACUAAAGAGGCUCCAGAGAACUUCUAUGAGAUUCUAGAGAAGGCCCUGAAGAGGGGCUCUCUCGUGGGCUGCUCCAUUGAUAUCAGAAAUGCUGCAGAAUCUGAAGCCCGGACACCUUUUGGUCUCAUUAAGGGCCAUGCCUACAGUGUGACAGGAAUUGACCAGGUAAACUUCCGAGGCCAGAAAAUGGAGCUCAUCAGGGUCCGGAACCCUUGGGGCCAGGUUGAGUGGACCGGGUCCUGGAGUGACAGCUCCUCCGAGUGGCGUUCCGUGGGCCCAGCUGAGCAGAAGCGCCUGUGUCACACGGCUCUGGAUGACGGCGAGUUCUGUCCAGGAGGACAUCCCUAUUCUGCGGUGGCUCUCUCCAGGCAGUGAUUCGGGGACCCAAGCCCCUCCCUCUGUGUGGCUC